AUGUCGAAACCUCUCUUUGUUGCAUCACUCUCCAUCCCACUAAUUGUCAUUCCUCUAUUAUAUUGGGGAUACAAUUUUUCAAAAAAUAAACAUAAACAAACCAAUCUAGUGUUCUAUGUACAUGACAACCUUAGUGGUGAUGACAAGUCAGCAAUGACAGUGGCCGGAAAAGACGGUCCCACGACUAGUAUUAUGCAUUUUGGGACCCUUUUAGCACAUGAUGAUCCGGUAACCAUGGACCCCGAUUCUAAGUCUAAAGAAAUCGGAAAAGCGCAAGGAAUGUAUGUUAAUAGUCAGUUAGAUGGGAAGGCGUUUUACAUGAUAUUUUCGAUCAUGUUCACUCAAGGGGACUAUAAGGGAAGCACACUAGAGAUUCAAGGAGCCGAUCCUUUUACGUUAAAACAAAGGGAGUUUUCGGUUGUCUCAGGAACAGGUUAUUUUCGGUUUGUGAGAGGGUAUGGAAUCAUGACCACCGAGUUUCUUGAUAUAGCAAAUUUGAGAGCUACUAUCAAGCUUGAUAUAACAGUGAAACACUUUUGA